AUGAGCAGCCCCCCAAGCACUCCUUCCCGGGGAGGGGAAAAACUGCUGACCACCCCAAUUCUGCAGGCCACAAAUGCCCUGUCCCCAGAAGCUGAAGCCAGCACAGCUCUCAUUGCAGUUGUUAUCACCAUGGUCUUCCUCACACUGCUCUCAGACGUGAUCUUGAUCUUCUUUUACUUGUACAAGAACAGAGGCAGCUACGUCACCUAUGAACCUGCUGAAGGCGAGCCCAGCGCCAUCCUGCAGAUGGAGUGA